CAGCACAAGUCAGACUCUCAGACUCCCUCUACAGAGAGCGCUCCAGCACACAGAUACAGCCAUGGCACCUACAGUCACUGCAGCAAUGGGCUAUUCGAAGGAGCACAUGACUCUGGCCAUCAAGCUGAGAAAGCCGAUAGUGGAGAAGAUGCGCCGAGAUCGCAUCAACAGCAGCAUCGAGCAGCUCAGGCAGCUCCUGGGCCAGGAAUUUCUGGACCAGCAGCCGGAUUCCAAGCUGGAAAAAGCUGACAUCCUGGAAAUGGCGGUCUGCUACCUGAGGCGGCACAGCCAGCGCCAGCCCGUGAGCGCCCCCUCUGGGCCCUCAGCUGAAAGUGAAGGCUACUCCAGGUGUGUCCAAGAAAUCAAGCGCUUCCUCUCCCAGGAUGGGACGAAGGUGGAGUCCCAGGGAAGACUGCUGAACCAUUUCCAGCAUGCGCAACUUUCCUCUGAGAAGCCCAAGUGUCAGAGAGUCCUUCCUGGUGCCCCCGUCCAGCACAUUACCAUUAAAGGCGAGCCUUCAGGCAUCAGUCCUCUCUGGCGUCCUUGGUAGACCGCUGUGGCCUGUCAAUGAACACUCACAGAAGAGUUCAACAAACCAGUUUAAGACUGACAUUCAGAGAAAUUCCCAACGUGUAUGAAGAGUUCUUCAUUCUUCUUCUGCAAUGCAGAAUAUUGUUAAUGCUACUUUCGUUCACAGAAAGGCCAACAGAUAUUUUCCAAAAAAUUGACAAUUCACUAUGAAUUGUAUCUUCUUGUUGCACAAGAGAUUGAGUCAAAAAGUUUUAAAUUGUGAGGAUGUGAAAUACAUCCCCUAAGGGCACGUUUCUUGUUUUAUAAGACCGGCGUGCUCACAAAAUCUGUGUGCAAUGCACAUGCGUGGUAUUUCUGUAUAAUGAAAUAAUUAUUUCCUAAUGGAAGGAUUUUAGGUUUUCAGGGGUAAUCUGAAGAUGUGAUGCAUGUUAUUUCCGAAGAAAUACACGUAUUCUCUAGUGAAACAUAAAUAUUCUCUAUUUCAUUUCUGACAUGUUUAUGACAUGUAUUCAUGCCUUUUAUAAAGGCUUUAUAAAAGUGUUUUCUCAAUCUGUACACUCUGUUAAGGGUGCCAUACAUGUUCUGAUCUUGGAGACGUCUUCAAGAUGUGGUUGUGAUGUGAUGUUUUCUCACAGUCCAGUUUACAAUGUUUGUAGAUAUGGGCUAUUACCUGUAACCUUCAUGUAGGGUGUUUAUUUAAAGAGUAGUAUUGUGAUCAGUAAAACUGAACUCAUGUUUGUGAAUAAUAUUUAUUACAUGGUUCUCAUCUAUGAACUUUAUAGUGUUCUCUAUAGAGAAAUGAAAUAAAAUAUUAAUCCUAU